AUGGAGUCGAGCGCAGCGCCGCCGGACGCGCACGUCGUUGCGGGCGCGCGCAGGCAGGAGCAAGAUGACGGCCUCGGCGUGGUCGAGGAGGGUGUUGUCGUCAUCGACGGUCUGGACGCCGCCAGCGGCAAGCAGUCGCCUGAUCCGAACGGGACGGCGCAGAAGGACGAGAAGAAGGACGACGCCAACGAUGACGGCAUGAUGGAGGCAACGGACGCGGAGCGGAAGAGCAAGAGCCGUCGCAAACUGUACCGGACGCUGCGGUGGAUCCUGAUCGGCUUCUCGAUCUGUCUCUUCUGCGCAGGAAUCUACCUCGUCAUAGAGCACCGCGGCUGGCGCGUGGCCGGCCUCAGUGGCUGGCGCUGGGCGCUCUUCCUGGGCUGCCUCGCGCCCGCCCGGCUGAUCUUCCGCAUGCUGGUCAAGCUCGUUCUGCGCAGCCUGCGCACCAAGAUGUUCGAGUCCAUCCACGAGCGCGUCGCGUACUUCGUCCAGCCCGUGGAGAGCCGCGGCGUCUGGCUGCUGCAGUUCAUCGCGUACGUGAUCCUCUGGCGGUAUCUAAUGGGCGACAACAACGGCAAGCUCGCCGGGGCGUACACGCCGAUCGCGCGCCUCCUCGCGUGCCUGCUCGUCUUCUGCGCGGGCCGCGUGCUCUCCUUGCUCCUCACGAAGUGGUUCUCGUCGCACUUCAACCGCAAGACCUUCUUCGUGCGGCUCAAGGAGACGCUCCGGAAGGAGCUCGUGCUGUCCACGCUCGCCGUCCCGCGCCGGAAGCGCAUCGCGGCGGACGCCAAGCACCAGCGCAGCUCGGCGCAGCACGCACGGGGGCACACGCGCAACUGGGGCACGCGCAGCCUGGGCGGCGCGCGGGAGUUCCGGACGGACACCUCGAGCCCCGCGCACACGCGCGCGUCGUCGCUGAACGAGCACGACCACAUGGUUCUGCUGCAGAAGGUGACCGACACGCUCGAGGAGGUGGUCGGGCCGAACCACGGCGACACGGACACCGGGAUGGCGGCGUCGCCCGCGAACGGCAACGUGCCCAAGGCCACAGCCGGCCGCAAGUGGUCGGAGCGGUACGGUCCGCAGCGGUGGCACUUCGGCGCGCUGCUGCGGCACCCGAUGGACCUGCAGCAGAAGGUGGACGCGUGGUGCGCGCAGCACGAGUCCGAGUCGGGCAACCCUGAGGCCACGCACACCCAGGUCGACCAGCUCGAGCGCUACGUGCGCAAGCACCAGCUCGGAAUCAACUUCGGGCGCACGAUCAAGAACGCGCGCAUCCUCACGGACAACGAGACGCUGGACAAGGUCGCGAAACGGUUUGCCCAGUACCUGUUUGAGAACAUUCGAGCGCAAGGAAAGGACGUGAUCGAGCGCGUGGACCUGGAGGCGGUGCUGCCGGCGGAGAUGGUCGACGAGGGCAUGGAGAUGUUGGACAAGGCGCAGCAGGGGCGUAUCUCGCGGGACGAGCUGCUGGAGAGCGUGACGAAGGUCCUCCGGGAGCGUAUUGACCUGUCGAACGCGCUGCGGGACACCAAGACGGUCGUGGGGACGCUCGGGCGCGUCGUGGCGACGUGCACGAACAUCCUCGUGUUCUUCAUCUCGCUGUGGAUCUUCGAGGUGGAGAUCAUGCAGGUCUGGUUGUCGUUCGCAACCAUGGCGCUGGCCUUCACCUUCGUGUUCGGCACGACGCUGAAGAACGUGUUCGAGGCGAUCCUGCUGCUCUUCGUGACGCAUCCGUUCGACGUCGGCGACGCGAUCCUCCUCGGCGGCGAGUUCUACACGAUCCAGGCCAUCUCGCUGCUGCGGACGCACAUGCGCAACGGACCAGGGCCGCACGUGUGGUACCCCAACCACGUGCUCAACUCGAUGCCCAUCACCAACCUCACGCGGAGCGGGCCGAAGUGGGAAUCCUACGAAGUCCAGGUCGACGUGCACAUGGCGAGCAAGGCCACGCGCGACGCCGUGCUGGCGGCGGUCAGCGACCUGUGCAAGAACGACCCGAAGCACUUCACGGGGGAGUUUUCCUGCCGGUGGACCAACAACCCCGCAGACAAGAACAAGAUCGCACUCAACAUCUGGUUCGGAUUCGCCAACAACGGCUCCGACCGCGGGCUCUGCGGCGACGCCCGCAACCUCAUCUUCGAACGCGUGUCGGAGACGCUCGCGCAGAUGGGCGCCCCGCAGCUCUUCAGCAACCACGUGGUCGCGUACGGCAGCGGGGGCGGUGCUGGCGCGGGGGGCGCGCCGCCGGAGAAGCCGGUGCCGCGCGCCGACGAGGUCCAGGCCGCUGUGUCGGCGGACGGGCUGAGGCAGCGGAAGCCGUGA